AUGGCGAAGCUGAUUCAAUCCCAGAGCGCAGUACCUCCUUCGCGCAAAGCAAGCAAUACCGGAAAGCUCGAGCUUUCCACUGCACAAUUCCUAAGCUUCUCUUUCACCCUCCUCACCUUACCUCUCCUUCUCCAAACCCUCUACACCAUCUACUUCAGCCCCUACUUUGCGCCCCUCCACGCCCCACAAAAUGACUCAAGCACAUCCAUCAACCCCUCCUCCCCGUCUCUCCUCACUGCCUGCCGCGCACACACCUACACCACGCAGAUCGUAUCCCUCGACCCACUUAUGAUAUACAUCAACAAUUUUACCUCUGGCGCCGAAGCCGAAGCUCUCAUCAAGCUGGGCGCGGACGAUUUCGAAGACAGCUUUAUCUCGCGGUCUGGCGGUGGGAAUCAGAAGGUCAGUGGGAGGACGAGUCAGAGUGCGCCACUCGCGGUCGAGGAGCCGCUUGUUGCUUGUAUCGUCGACCGCGCCCGCGCCUUCCUGGGAACGAUGCUACAUGCACAUGAGCCAUUCAGCACUCCCCAACUCGUACGCUACUUCCAGACCCAACGCUACGAUCUGCACACAGACUUCUGGCCGCGGCACCAGCGCCUCUCCGACGGCAGCGGGCGGCUGUUCAAUCGGCCGGCGAGCUUCUUCGUAUUUCUGAGGGAUAAUUGCACGGCUGGAGAGACAUGGUUUCCUGGCGUCAGCAUUGAGGAUGGGAAGGAGGUCGGGCUCGGAGGGAGGGUGAGGAGGGGAAAGGACGAUGGUGAUGAUGGGAAGGGUGUGACAUUUAAGCCUGUGAAGGGGAGUGCGGUGUUUUGGGUUAAUAUCGGGGAGGAUGGGGUGGGGGAUCGAAGGGUCGUGCACGCGGGGUUGCCGGUCGGGGAGGGUGAGAAGAUUGGGAUGAAUAUAUGGCCAAGGAAAUUCUAUGCGGCGCAGGAUGAUUGA